CCGAUGGGUAAAUUUUCGAAGGGUACCGGUGAUAGGAGUCGCCAGCCCCCUCUACGGUCCACGCGCCCGUCCUCAUUGAAAUGUUCGCUCUUCUCGAGGUUACUACUUGGCAGGAGCUGCUCUCCGUUCUUUACGACUGAAAUCCGGUGAUAGUAUGAAGUGUUGGGCCGUUCCACGCCACUCGGCUCUGUCGUACGUCAUGUAGUCGAGUGAAGUGAACCGAUAUUUUUAGAUUUCCAAUCGCGCGAGACUGUCCGGUCUAGUUUAGAUUCCCGAGUGUGAAAAUGUACGAAGGGAUUUAAAAUCGAACCGUGGUGUAGAUAAAUAGUGCCAUGAGCCAGUCUCAGAGGGACACGAUCAUUCACCUGGUCGCCGGAGGGGUCGCCGGUACGGUGGGCGCAGUGGUGACGUGCCCUUUGGAAGUGGUGAAAACCCGGCUCCAGUCCUCGUCCUCCGGUUUCCACGUACGUGUGCCCAACAUCGCCUCCCCGGACAUCGGGAGCAGGCACACGUGCAAAUCGGUCAUGCCGUCCCACCAGAGGCGGAAGAUCAACACCUUGACGCCGAGGCAAGCGACGCAGAUCCUCGCGAUUUCGACCUACGGCAAGCCGACGGCGAAAACGAUAGGACUCCUUCAGUGCAUUAGACUGAUCGUGAGAAACGAAGGGCCAAAGGCCCUUUUCAAAGGGCUCGGACCCAAUCUCGUCGGUGUUGCUCCAUCUCGUGCAAUUUACUUCUGUGCCUAUUCUCAAGCCAAAUCCUUCUUCAAUUCCCUUCUCAACCCCGACACGGCCGUCGUACACGUUCUCUCAGCAUCAUGUGCAGGUUUUGUUGCUUGCUCAGCCACUAAUCCUAUUUGGUUCAUUAAAACUAGACUACAACUCGACUAUGCUUCUAGUGGACAGCGCCUUACAGCACUGCAGUGCAUAAAAAGGAUAUACCGUCAAUCUGGAUUUCUUGGUUUCUAUAAGGGAAUUACAGCGUCUUAUUGGGGUAUAUCUGAAACUGUAAUUCAUUUUGUCAUAUAUGAAGCGAUAAAAGCUAAACUUACUGAAAUGAGGGUGGACAGGAGCGAGAUUAAAGGAGAGGAAAAGACUUCAAGGGACUUCGUCGAGUUCAUGAUGGCAGGUGCAUGUUCCAAAACAGUGGCUUCAUGUAUUGCUUACCCUCAUGAAGUCGCAAGAACUCGUUUGAGGGAAGAAGGAAACAAGUACAACAAGUUUUGGCAGACUUUAGGCCUGGUGUAUAAAGAAGAAGGAUACAGGGGUGUGUACCGAGGCCUGGCGACACAGCUCGUUCGGCAGAUUCCAAACACGGCCAUAAUGAUGUCAACUUAUGAAGCUGUUGUAUAUAUUCUGACAAGUUACUUUAAUUCUAAUAGUCAUUUUUAUGAAGAACCUAGGGUUAUCCCGAACAAAGCUUGAAAUUUUGUUUGUUAGAUAGGACAUUUAUAUGAGAGGUUAAGUAUAUGAAGGCAUGUGACUUUUUCAUCGAAUCAGGGUCAAUCGAAGCAUACAUUUUUUUCUUGUGUGUAAAAUUAGUCAUUUGGAACAUUUAAGAUUGAAUGCUAUGAAAAGAAGUCAACACAAUUGGCCUUUUGUUACUGUACAUAGUUUGUAAAAAGAUAUAUUUGUUAAAGAAAUUAUAAAAAUUUUGAAAUGCAAAUGUGAUAUCCAGUUUUCUUUUGUUUUCCUAAUGUUUAAUUACUUAAAAAAUUUAAUAUUGUAUAAUUCUAUAUAAUUAAUUUUUACAGUAAAUGACAAAAAACAGAUGGAAAUAUUCUAAUUUUCUUUUUGUUCUUACCAAAUAAUUUAUUACUGUAAUUUAUUGUAAAUAUCAUUUGGUUUUAAAUGUUUGUUUAAAUUAGCGCUCUGAUUUUGUUUCAUGUCAGUUUAUCAGUAUGAAUAAUUAGUUGAGUAUAUAAUCUCCACGUUUUAAAUUGAUAAUGUAUUACAUGACAUCUUUUGUUUUUCUUAAUUUUUGCUCUUUUUGAAAAAUAUGUUUUCAUUGAUAUUUUGUAAUAUAUUUUAUUUUUGAUUAAGUUUUCUGUAAAUACAUAUUGAAUAAAACAAUCAUUUUUUUCUGUUCUAAAGACAAACAAAUAGUACAAUGAUAUUGCAGUUAUUUGUGUUGUUGCACUUGUUAGGAAUCAUAAUUAUUAUAGUUUCUAGAGUAAGCAUUGUGAUUCUGGUCAUUAUUUUUCAGCUAUCCUAGUUUAAUGUAGUUUUUUAUCCUAAAUAUGUUCAUUUCCAAUGCAGUGAUUGCUUUUUGUGCGUAAGUGUGGGAGCUUUUUUUUAAGUACGUAUUUUCUCUGAGACUUUAAUAAUAAGACUGCUUAAAGUUAGUUCUUUCAUUGUAAACCACUUGGAGGAAUAUUAUGAUGAUAUGAAAAAAUUGCAAUAAAAAAUUUAAUAGUA